AUGGUUCUGAGACGACCACACCGCAAAUCUCGCCACAGCUGCCUAGACUGUAAACGCCGGCGGGUUAAGUGCGACGAGGCCCGGCCCGACUGCUUCAAGUGCGUCAAACGCCAUGUCAAGUGCGAAUACGACCCAUCCAUCUCACUUAUCUGGACUAUCAAAGAGCUGCCCCGUGGUUUAUCUGACCAAGACUUCGGAAUAAGUAAUCUCAGCGGCAGCACUUGUAGCAUGGGCUCAGUUCCCGUGUCCACGGGAAACCCCACUACAACCCCGGGUAGUCUGAGCCUGCUAAACAACGGAGCCAACUCAAGCUCGAGAGCGUCGGUCCUGAAUCUGCAUGAUCUCAAGCUGAUGAUGCAAUGGUGCAACACGACAUACCACACGCUUUCCCACAGCGAGCGAACCGAUAUAGUUUGGCGCAAUAACGUGCCCGAAGAAGCUCUCUCACACUCAUUUCUAAUGCACGAAAUUCUCGCCCUCUCAGCUCUCCAUCUCGCUCGCACAGGUACUGGCCGGUACCAGUGCUCAAUUCUGGGUGAUAUCAACGAGUCAAAUAUCAAGGCUAUGUUCGCCUUUACUAAUAUCAUCGUUGUUUACACAUUUGGUUUCCCUGCAACACCAGACGUCCUAGACCCCUUAGCUUCUGUUGGUAGUUUGUACCAAGUCCUCGACCUGACACGCAGUAUCCUAAAAGUCGUCCGCUCACCGUCAAACUAUCUGAAACAAACCAAUUUCGCCGCCAUGCUACAGGUAGAGCCUAUUAGGGCACAGUUACCCGAUGAUGCCCCAGCAACAAUAAAUCAACUAUAUGAAGCAAAUGAAGUCUGCAGUACCCGAAACAGAAGCUACGAGACAGGGGUAUACACUAUCGCCAUCGGCAAUAUCACCGAGAUGCUGAGUUGGGUGUAUGGUGGGAUGACCGCUAGUAUGGUAGCCAGGUGCUGGGUGAUCCGGCUACCAGCAAGAUUUAUGGAGUUGCUUCGCGAGCGGGAGCCAAUGGCCCUCGGUAUACUGGCGCAUUAUUGUGUGCUGUUACAUGCUUUGAGGCAUCGUUUGUGCUUUGGCGAGUGGUGUAUUUCCGUUGCGAAGGCUGUGUGGGCGAUCUUAGAUGAUCAGUGGAGACCGGUGGUCGAUUGGGCGAUGCGUGCUAUCUUGGGUACAAAUUAUAUUGAGAAAAUGACCAAAUGA